AAGACAAUCGCGUUCGAACACGUGGCGCGCCAUAUCACCUGACUGAGCCAAACACACCCAGCACGCCAUUAAAUCCCCUCACAGCAUCUUUUCCGAGCAUCACAUCUCCCUCACAGCACCUCACCAGCAUCAUCAGUGCCACAGAAAACAUGAGUGCCAUUAGGAGUGCCAAAGCUGCUCUACGCAAGGAAUUACAAGCUAAAAUAAAAGCGCUGUCUUCUGAAGAACAGGCGAGGCAGUCCAUGGAAGUACAGAAAAAAGUAAUUUCUCACUCCCUCUAUAAAGACAGUAAGCGUGUGGCUCUGUAUCUCAGCAUGGCUAAUGAAGUGACCACGGAGAACAUCGUACGCCACGCUCUUGAGCAAGGGAAGACGUGUUAUGUUCCUAGGUAUGACAGCAAGUCAGUCCACAUGGACAUGGUGAGGCUGCAUUCCUGGCAAGAGUAUGAAUCUCUUCCUUUGACCAAGUGGAACAUUAAGCAGCCCCCGAUGAGCCAGUCAUGCGAGACAGCCCUGGAGAGUGGCGGCCUGGACCUCAUCCUUGUCCCUGGCCUUGGCUUCACCUCAGAGGGACACAGGAUGGGUCGAGGCCGAGGCUACUACGACACAUACCUAGCCAAGUGCCGCGCCUCCCAGCCAUCUCCGCCUCACACCAUCGCGCUGGCCUUCAAAGAGCAAGUCCUCCCCGAGAUUCCAACUGAUGAGACUGACAUAAAGAUUGACAUUGUGCUGACGGCUGAGUGAGUGAUGUGUUGUCAUGUUGUGUUGAUGGGAUGAUGUUUCCAGAGAUGUGUGUGUGUUAUGAUGACUGUUGUGUUGUGUGUGUUGUGAUAAUUGACUGUAUUCUUGUCUUGUGUUGGGAUGGUGAGUUUUCUAAAGAGAUGUGUGUGUGGUGUGAUGACUUGUGUGUGUUGUGAUAAUUGACUGUAUUCUUGUUUUGUGUUGGUAGGAUUGUAAGAUUUUUUUUAGCUUUGUGUUGUGUGAUGAGUGACUGUUUUCUUGUGUGUCGAUGGAAUGCUGAGUUUUUAAAAAGUUUUGUGUGCUGUGUGUGUGAUGAAUGACUGUUUUCUUGUGUUGUGUUGAUGGAAUGCUGAGUUUUUUAAAGAGUUUUGUGUGCUGUGUGUUGUGAUGAGUGACUGUUUUCUUGUGUGUUGAUGGAAUGCUGAGUUUUCUAAAGAGUUAUGUGUUGCGUGUGUUGUGAUGACUGUUGUGUGUUGUAUUUGUUGUGAUGAGUGACUUUUCUUGUAUUGUGUUGGUGGAAUGCUGAAUUUUCUAAAGAGUUAUCUGUUGUGUAUUGUGAUCAUUGACUUACAAAAGACUCUGGAGUACAAAUUGUUAUAUGGUGCUAUUAUUGAUUAGGAAUACUUGUGAUAUUGAAUUUAAUAAGGACAUGAAGGAUCCUGGGACUUAAAGCUGUGACAGUACUGAGAGGAACUGAAUUUAUGCACACCUGUGAUAUCACCAGGGAGAAAUAGUCACUCAUAUAUUUUGUGGUCCAAUAAGAGAAGUUAUAAUAUACUUUGUGGUGCAAUAAGAUAGGUUGUAGCAUUGAUAAUUGGUGUGAUGUUGAAUUACAACAAAUAGUCAGAACACGGGAAUUUCUGAAAAUCUUCCUGUAGAGUUUAUAAAGAUUACCAUUGUGUUAGGAAUAGGUAGGGUAGGAAAUAUACUGUAGUUCUUUUCUUUCUCCUUUCCUCACUUACAGCAUGGGAGGAACAUGACCAGUAACACUACUUCUCACUAUAACAGUCAACAGUCAUUCACAAGCCACUCAAAUCCAUAAGGAAAUGAAAGGACACGACACAAAGCAAUGACGAUGAGGACGACUCAGAUAUUAAUGCAUAGAAAAGCUUACUUACACACUUAUAUUCUGCAAAAUAUAGGAGAGGCUACAGCAGUGAAAACCAGUCCUUACAAUAGCAAUAACUAGUGUGGUACUGAAUCAAAUCAACAGUAUACACCUUAGAGCACUGAACUUCCUGAAAGUCUUGCUGAAAUGUUUUUAAAGAUUACAUUGCUGUAGCAUUCAUAAACUGUCCAACUCCAUAAGGGAAAAUGAGGAUGUAAAAAGAGAAAGUAGUAGUGAUGAUGAUGAUGAUGAUGAUGACGACUACAAUAUCAAUGCAUAGAAAAAAUCACUCACACAUUUGCAUUCAGUAAAGGAUAUGAGAGGCUGUAGCAAUGAAAACCAGUGCGUAUUAUAAACAGGUAUAUAUACAGCAUCUCAAUACAUACAAUGGCCUGGCUGAUGGAAACACUUGCCUUCAGAUCUUCACUAGCCAUAGCCAAAAUAUACGCAACACCAGUGUUUUAAACCACAAAACCUGAUAAACCUUCAACUAUUUACACCUCACAGUAAUUGGAAACUUGUACUGUGGAGGGAAAAAAAGUAAAAAUAAAAUAAAAAAAUUUUCAAUCAAUCAUUCAAAUAAAUAAAUAAAAAUGAAAGGAUAAUUAGGCCAGAUAUGAAGCCUUCAUUGUUUCCUAAAUGCAAUGAUGGAAAAUUUCACUACAUCAUUAUCAGUACUAUCACAACAUUUAUCUUGACAAUUUUGAGACCUUAUACAACUGUCUCUUUUUUCCUGCACACAAUGAACCACUGAGGGGAAGGCUUAUGGGUUUCUAUAUAAAGCAACGGAUGCCAGAAAAGACUCAGAACACUCCCAGAAACAUGCGCACCAAGUCUUAACACCUAUCAUCAUACGUGUUCUUAUUUCACUAUCUUUUCAAUCUAUCUCUUCACAACGUAACACAAUUUAAUUCUGUUAUAUUUACCCAUCAACUUCCCAGUCAUUUCUGUACUUAUAACAAUAGAAAUAGAAGAGAAUUGUGAUAUUUUAAUUCAGUGCUCUCAUACUUAAUCAUCUUUUGAACUACAAGAGAAGAGACAACAAUGAUAUUUCAGCCUUCUCUUCCCACUAAACAUAUCAGUGCCUUUCCAAAUGCAAACAUGAAGUAACAAUUAUAUCUUUUAACUCUCUUGUCUCUAACUACACUAACUACAGUACCAUCCAAAACUGUAGGCAAAGAGAUAAUUGUGAUAUUUCAGCCUUCUCUUCCCCACUAAACAUAUCAGUAUCUUUUCAAAUACAAAAAAAGAAUUAUAUAAUCUUUUAACACAAGUCUCUAUCUACACCAAUACCUUUCAAAAUAGCAGGCAUAAGACACAUUUCCAAAGCACUGUUAACCUGCUGAUGGCACCGAAGACUCCUGAGGGCAGCUAGACGUUGACUGGAUGUUUCCGGGUCUAAUGUCAAGUCAAGCACCUGAACCUGGCCGGAGUUUAUCCCCUGGUGGUGUACAUGUCAGAGUCUUCAGGGCUACUCUGACCAUAGUCCUUCUCUGGUCCUUGGGGUGUCAGCUGUACAAUGACGUCCUUCCCUUCCUCCACCACCACGGCCUCAGUCUUUGUGGAGGAGAGCGAAAGGUCAUUACGUGUGUUGGGGAGUGUGUGUGGCUGUUUUGUUAUUAAUUUGUGUUUGGUAUUCAAGUCUGAUAUUUGUGGACAAGAGCAAUGUGUUAAUCUCAUUCUUUGUGAAGGAGAGCGACAGGUUAUGUACUUUGUAUGUGUGUUGGGUGGAUGUUUUGCAAUAAAUCUGUUCACUAUUCAUUGCAAGUCCUUAUUAUUUGUAGAUGAGACCAAUAUGUUAUUGACUUGUGCAUGGGGAGGUGUUCUAAGUUUGUGUUUAUAGUUUUCAGCUUAGAUUUUUUGAGUAAAAGGAAAAAAAGACAUGUUAUUUUGUUGAGUGAGAGGAUGUUGUUAUAAACCAUUCAUAAUUAGUGCAUGCUUGCUUAGGUCUUUUGGCAGAUGAUAAAAAAAAAAAAAAAGUUAUUCUCUUGACUGUGGGUGUUUGCACUCAUAACAGUUUAGUUUUAAGUUACAUCUUUGGAAGGAGAGAAGCUUUAAAAACAUAAACAAUUCUCUCUUUUCUCUAUACAGUAAGGGUAUUUUGUUAUAAAUUUGUAUUCAUAAUACAGUUUUAAUCCUAAAUCUCUAAAAAGAUUAAAACAUUCUGUAUUCAAUGUGGGUGCUUUUAGAGAUAAGUUUUGUUAUUCUUACAAUUUAGUUUUACUGAUGACCUUGUUUAUUAAAGUACUAAUGGCAUUUAACUCCAA